AUGGCGAGCGCAAACCUCAAACCAACAUCGAUGUACGAUCACAAGACCUCUGAACCAGUCCAAGAGGUUUCAUACAACAUGAAAAGGUUCCUCAGUGAUCGCCAGGACGAGCACUUGAUACAUGAGCAUACGCCAAGUCCGGAUUGCUCGCGCAGGGAGGUACUACAGCGAGUGAUGGACAAAGUAGAUAAACUCGUCGUAGAUGGAAAGGAGAUCAACAGCCAGCAAAAGAAGUAA